GACAGCAAAGGACGGCACGGAGAAGUUAUUCAUUCAUGCCAUUAUGACCGAUUUCGUUUUGUUCUUUUAUUCGGCCGCCAUACUCAAACAAAAGCUAUCGCAAUGAAUUAAUUGGGUUUUACGUUUUUUUAGUUGUUUCAAAUCCGUAAUUUAUUCUAAAUGAGUUCCAAAUCAGAUGUUAAUAGGCGGCUGCUCGCCAUUCAAGCGAAGAAGAAGCGUCAUAAGCAAGGCAAGAAGAAAGCCAAAAAUGACGAGAACAAUCAGGGAAAUAACAGAUACAAUAACAGGUUUGAGCCGUCACAUAGCUCCUCUAACGAAACGAUAGAGGAUGAGGAAGAGAUCUACACGAGCGAGGAAGAGGAGGAGCAGGAAGACACUUCGGAUUAUUGCAAAGGCGGCUACCAUCCCGUCAAAAUCGGAGACCUGUUCCUCUCCCGGUACCAUGUCACACGCAAACUGGGCUGGGGACACUUUUCAACGGUUUGGCUGUGCUGGGACCUCGUGGAUAAAAGAUUCGUAGCUCUUAAAGUCGUGAAAUCAGCGCCUCAUUUCACAGAGACUGCCAGAGAUGAAAUCAAAAUAUUAAAAGCCGUUCGUGACAGCGACCCCACGGAUCCAAAACGGGAUAAGACUGUACAGUUGCUGAACGAUUUUAAAAUAAGUGGCAUCAAUGGUACUCACAUUUGUAUGGUAUUCGAAGUUUUAGGACAUCACUUGCUCAAGUUAAUACUGAAAUCGAAUUAUCGCGGUAUUCCACGAGCCAAUGUCAAAGUCAUCAUUCGACAAGUGUUGGAGGGUUUGGAUUAUUUGCACACCAAGUGUAAGAUCAUACACACAGAUAUCAAACCUGAAAAUGUACUAGUCUGUGUUGAUGAGAACUAUAUCAGAAAAUUAGCUUGCGAGGCAACGGAAUUACAUAGUAAGGGCUUGAAAUUACCUACGUCUUUAAUAAGCACAGCUCCUAAAGAGUUUCAGGAGCAAAGUUUAAAAACAAAAAUGAGCAAAAACAAAAAGAAGAAACUAAAAAAGAAAGCGAAACGUCAAUCUGAGCUGUUGCGCAAGCAAAUGGAACAGAUUGAAGAAAUGAAGGAACUUAGGACUAGCGUAUCAGAAAAUGGUGAGGUUGAAAUAAGUAAUUUAGAUAGUAGUGAGAAUUCAAAUGUCCAAUCACCUGAAGAUUCUAGUACUAGUGUUAAUGAAGUUCGAUCCCCUGAUGGUGAUGAUGAUAGCAUCAAAGAUACCGCAACACCAGAUAGUGAUAAUAACCCGAUAACAAUGCAGGUGAAUGGAUGUUCAACGAAAUCAGAAAAAUCAGAACCCACUUCUGAUGGAAUGGCAGGCGGUGAAAAACAGUCUGCUGAUGAGGACUCUAAUACUCCUGCGGGUGAAGGGGGCGACACAGUAGUGAGAAUAAAAGAGGGAAGUGGUGAACCAACUGAAAAUAAUUCAAAUAACAGUCCAGAACGUGAAGUUCAACGACCAAAUUCUAUAAAAACAGAACCGCCUCCAGAUCCAGCCUUAGUGCCUUGUGAUGUUGAAGUCAAAAUAGCUGAUUUAGGAAAUGCCUGCUGGGUCAAUAAGCAUUUUACAGAGGACAUUCAAACUAGGCAGUAUAGAUCUUUAGAAGUGCUUCUAGGUGCGGGGUACAACACUUCGGCUGAUAUCUGGAGCACAGCCUGCAUGGCAUUCGAGUUGGCGACUGGAGAUUAUCUAUUUGAACCCCAUUCUGGUGAGGACUAUAACCGAGAUGAAGAUCACUUAGCACAUAUAAUAGAAUUACUGGGAGAAAUUCCUAGAAAAAUUGCACUAUCCGGCAAGUUUUCAUAUUUAGUUUUCAAUAAAAAGUGCGAACUGCGCCACAUUACGGGGCUGAAACCUUGGGGCCUUGUCGAUGUGCUGACUGAAAAAUAUGAAUGGAGUCUGCAAGAGGCCACAGAAUUUGCAGAAUUCUUAAAACCUAUGUUAGAUUUUGAUCCAAAUAAGAGAGCAACGGCUGCGGAAUGUCUGAAGCAUCCUUGGCUGAAUUAGGUG